AUGCCGCCGAAGCAAGCGUCAGGUAGUGCUCGCGGUCGGCCCAAGGGCAGCAAGAAUAAGCGUCCCUCAGCCGCGGCCGCGACCGAGUCUCCCGAGUCGAGCGACCCCUUCGAGUCGUUGGAUGAUCAAGAGGAAAUUAAAGCCAGUGGCUCACGCUCUCGCCAGAAAAUUUCAGGAGCAGAGGAGGCAGAAGAACAGGCUGAGUCGGAGAAGACGAUCCCCAAGGACCUGUUGACGCGGGUUAUGCACGAGUUCUUUGCCAAGGAUGCGACAAGGAUAUCGCGAGAUGCGAAUGCGGCCACGGGCAAGUACGUGGAUGUGUUUGUGAAGGAGGCGAUUGCCCGUGCAGCAGUUGAGAAGAGGGGAGGGUUCUUGGAGGUCGAAGACUUGGAGAAGAUUGCUCCACAGCUAUUGUUGGACCUCUGA